AUGUUAAAGAAACUGAACUUCUUCUCAGAACUAAACUUGUUUUCACAAACUGAACUUGUUCUUCCAACUGAACUUGAUCUUCUAACCGAACUUGAUCUUAAAACUAAACUUAAUCUUCAAACUGAACUUAAUCUUUCAACUGAACUUGUUCUUUCAACUGAAUUUGUUCUUCAAACUGAACUUGAUCUUCAAACUGAACUUAAUCUUUCAACUGAACUUGUUCUUUCAACUGAACUUGUUCUUCCAACGGAACUUGAUCUUCAAACUGAACUUGAUCUUCAAACUGAACUUAAUCUUCCAACUGAGCUUGAUCUUCAAACUGAACUUAAUCUUCCAACUGAACUUGUUCUUUCAACUGAACUUGUUCUUCCAACUGAACUUGUUCUUCCAACUGAACUUGUUCUUCCAACUGAAUUUGUUCUUCAAACUGAACUUGUUCUUCCAACUGAACUUGAUCUUCAAACUGAACUUAAUCUUCCAACUGAGCUUGAUCUUCAAACUGAACUUGUUCUUCCAACUGAACUUGUUCUUUCAACUGAAUUUGUUCUUCAAAUUUAUUUGAAUAUUUCCUUAUAA